GUUCGAUACUCGAUUAGCAGACUAGUCCAUUUGAACGAUGCAUCACUGCUGUUAUAGUGAUAGGAUUUUAUUCUUCGACGAAAGCACUUAAAAAUAUAUAUGAUAUGUCAGCCGACUAUCUCGUCUGAGCAGAACUACGAGGUUAAUGCGAGGAAAUGACUAACACGACAACCAAGUAAGCGAUCUUUGUACCCACGCAUUGCAAUAGAAAUAAGCAUCAACAUGUCCUUCGAGUCAAGCAGCAGUUCUGGACCUCGUCAUGAAGCCCUUAUGAACACGAAGGCAGCGCAGCAUCGUGCGCGAUUUAAGGACGGCGCUCCGGAUGCGCGUUCAGUGGUGUUACGCGAUCUCUCUCGUGUCGCGCAACAGAGCCGACGUCAGCUGAUUGAGGCAGCCCGCGAGCAGUUACUUCGUCGAACUGGGGAUGAAGAUGACGCUGGGACGCAUAGUGUCGGUGCGGAUGAAGAUGACGAUCGGUUCAUCGCACUGCUUCAAGAAAUGCUGCGAGAGCAUUACCAGAAAGCGAGCGACUACGAUGCUUGGCCUGCCGAUGCCGAAGACUUUGGCGAUGACGAAGAGAUUGACGAUGACUUUCGUAUACUAGGAGAGGAGGAAGAGUUUUUCGAAGGAUGGCACUCGGAAGUGUGCGGUGUCGAGCAUGAGCUCGAUCAAGGUGGAAGGCUGCAUUUCCAGCCAGAAGAACACCACGGUGCAAGAUCUGUUGAGUCUCUGAUGGUACCGGAGGACGAGGAGGUAGACGAGGACGAUGGGGCUGUGGCGUGUCCUCUUUGCAGCCAAGGACUGCCAGUUCUAGAAGGCGUAGCUUCGUCGAAUCAUACGAAGAAGUCCACGUCCUUGAUGUCCUCGGAUAAGAGGAUUGACAAAGUAGAGACGAUUAAGCAAAAGAAUGCGGAAUUCACAAGAGGCGUUGGUGGAAGCAAAAGGCGUUGGUGUCGCUUGCACGUGGACGCGACUGCUGGGGUCCUUCAUUGUUCGACACCCCACUGUCCGCUGUCAGGCAUGGAAGUGCCUGCCCUUACCGUGCAACCACUGUCCAAUGUCAAAAAGAAUUCUCGUCCCGACAUCAAUUUAAUUAGUUCGAGUGCUAUUACAGGCGCGGACGCUGAGCCGAGCAGAGAAGACCAAAGAACCGAUUCCGGUAUCAAGUGCCAAAUGGGUCAAAAGCAAGAAUCUCUGUCUGAGGAAGCAGACCAAAACUCUUUGGCUCUCGACCUUCUACGAGAGGUUUUGAACGAUGCCAUCCUGCGACAGCGUCGCGCAACGGAUUGCGCAGGAACUUUUGUGUUUGAUCAGACAGGUCUCUUUCGUGUCGCGGGAGAGCACUAUCGCGAAUGUGUCUUUUGAGCGGUACACAAAAAUUACAUGCACUUCAUGCAAAAUAGAUAAUCCGUACUAGAGCUAGGAUACUAGUACUAUAUGAUGCUUGUUCUUUAAACCUAGUGACUGUUUUGGGCUGAUGUCUACUUCAAUCGGUU